GGAGUGGCACACUGAACCGGAUGUUGUCUGAAAGUCAAAGAUGGCGCUGGCCGUGUCACGGUGAGUUGAUGUCAAACUGCAGGAGAAUCUGCGUGUUUGUAAGGACACGAGGCCUCAGAAGGUGAUAAUAACCAAACAGAAGCUCUAUUUGAAUACACGAGGGGAGGACAUGGCCCUGAGCGGAUUCAACCUCAGCCUGCGGCGGUUGUUCGGUCAAAUUCAACAGUAUCGUGUCGCCACAAGUCACACAGCGCGGUGUCUGAGCCAGGCGGCCCCGCAGCCGGAGCCCAGCGCGGAUGAAAAUCAAGCUGUGAACCCGACCUUCGUGAACAGGAACCCGCGGAACCUGGAGCAGAUGGCCCUGGCUGUGAAGGACCGCGGCUGGAGCACGACCUGGCCCCCCCGGGAGUUCUACCACAGGUUGGUGUUUUCCCGCAGCCAGCAUCAUGUGACGGCGCAAGUGUUCUCCGGCAGCUCGCCUGUCCCUGUGCUGACCUGCUCAACCACAGAGUGGUCACUGAGGAAGGAGCUGGCCUCCACCAGGUGUGUGGCCACCUGUCAAGCGGUGGGCGAGGUUCUGGCGCUCCGAUGUCAACAGGCCGGCAUCACGAGGAUGGUGUACAGGGCCAUUCCCUGGACGUACCGCUCGGACGCGGUUCAGGCUUUCAGAACAGCAUUGAAAGAAGGAGGAGUCACGCUCAGUGAACCCAGAAGGAAAUACAUCGCAACAUGAGUUUAGUUUUCAUCCAUCCCAUCUCUUGUGUCUGCUCUGUUAAGAAUGACUGUACAGAAACUAAAUGAGUAAAUGACAAUAUCAUGAGUGAAAUCACUGGUGAAGGUACAGUUGCUUGUGCUUUGUCUCUUGUGGAUAAAAUGUUUGUGGACACAGAA